GCUACAUGAAAAAAAAAUUAACAAAACACUUGAGACAUGGUAAAUAUUCCCUUGAGGCAAGAUCCAAUAUAGUGAAAUACUAUGCUAUAAUCGUCUCCUUGGCGAUCAACGAAGUACAGAGAACCUCAGGAACGGCAUCCCAUCAAUGGGUGAUCCUCUCUGGGUAAUAUGCUUAAGAGAAGAGGAUGAUAAAAUUAGUAGAGGCCGAAUAUCGAGUUAAGAACUCCACAAGGCUUCCGCUCUCACCCCC